GUCAAUGCCAACGAAAAUCGAUCUUAGCAAUUCUGGAGUUAUCAUUGAUCACCACCAUGGUGUUUCAACUAAAGAUCAAAAGAAAAAACAACAAAUUAAGAAUGGGUUAUUGCUUAAUGAUAUUAAUAUUUAUAAUCAACUACUUAGUUUGCGUAUUUGCAGAACCAACUUUUCUUCGAGAAUUCUGCUCAGGAGGUAAUUACACUACUAAUAGUACUUACCAGUCUAACCUCAACGUCCUUCUCAAUUCAACACUCCGUGCAUUCAAAACCGAAGGCGGUGUCAGCAAUGAACAUCGAAGUGCAAAUACAGGGUCGGAACCUGAUACCGUAUACGGCUCUUACCAGUGCAGAAGUGAUCUUAAAUCAAAUGAGUGCGAAGAUUGUUUUGAUUCAGCAACUGAAGACAUUAAGAAAAGCAUUAGGUGUCCAAACUAUAAACAGGGGAUCUUAUGGUAUGAAGAAUGUAUUUUAAGGUACUCUAAUGAAUCACUUCAUCCAACUUUGCAAGAUAAACCUGCUUUCUAUAUCGUAAACGAAACUACCGUUAGUAGUACUAAUCGAGAUGAGUUUAGCAAGACCCUCGCUAAACUGGUGGAUAAACUAGUCAGAGAAAGUACAGUUGCUAAAAACCAAUUUGCUACUACAGAAGAAAAUUUUGCAACAUCUAGGAAGAUAUAUGGAUUAGUACAAUGUACACUACCAGACAUCUCAUCAAAUGAUUGCAAUAAAUGCCUUAGUCGGGUUGCCGGGAAUUUAUCUGUAUGUUGCUAUGAAAAAAUUGGUGCAAGAGUUCUGAAUCCAACUUGUAAUUUAAGAUAUGAGUUAUAUCCAUUCUAUGAAUCUAAGGCUAUUACUGCAGCACCUCCUCAAUCUUCUCUGCCUCCACCAACAUACCAAAAACCAAGGAAAUCGCAUGCAAAAAUUGUUAUUAUUGUAGUUGUUCCUUCAGUUGUAGUACUAUGCAUAAUUACUAUUUGGUGCUUACGCUCACGAUGGGCAUGCGCAACAAGGAAAACAAAGCAAAUUGAUAAAAUAUAUGAGAUUCAUAGUGAUGAAUCCGUCCAAUUCAACUUCAGUACACUAAGAGCUGCCACGAACAAUUUCUCUAAUGUUAAUAAGCUUGGGGAAGGUGGUUUUGGUCCCGUAUACAAGGGUACCCUUUCAGAUGAGCAAGUGGUAGCCGUGAAGAGGCUCUCUAGAUACUCAGAUCAAGGCGAAGAAGAAUUCAGUAACGAAGUUGCUUUGCUAGUAAAACUGCAGCAUAGGAAUCUUGUAAGACUGCUAGGCUUCUGCUUGGAUGGACAUGAGAGACUACUUGUCUAUAAUUUCAUGCCGAAUUCAAGCCUCGACAAAUUUAUAUUUGAUUCGGUUAAACGUACAUAUUUGGAUUGGGAAAAACGGUAUAAGAUUAUUGGAGGGAUCGCAAGAGGGCUUCUUUAUCUACACGAGGAUUCUCGACUUAAAAUUAUUCAUCGAGAUCUCAAAGCCAGCAAUAUACUAUUAGAUGCGGAUAUGAACCCAAAAAUUGCAGAUUUUGGCAUGGCUAGACUUUUUAAAGUGGACCAAACUCAAGCCAGUACAGAGAGAAUCGUUGGAACAUACGGAUACAUGGCUCCAGAGUAUGCAUUGCAUGGGAAAUUCUCUGAAAAAUCAGAUGUCUUUAGUUUCGGUGUUCUAGUUCUUGAGAUCCUUAACGGAAAUAAAAACAACUCCUUCGUCGAUCCGGAAAUCUCCGGAGACCUUGUGAGCUAUGCAUGGAGACAUUGGAACAACGGGUCAGCUUUAGACAUUUUAGAUUCAGUUCUGAAGGACAAUCAUUCAGAAAGUGAAGUGAUGAGAUGCAUCCACUUUGGAUUGUUAUGUGUUCAAGAAGAUGCAUCUGACAGACCAAGUAUGGCGUUAAUCGUUCUAAUGCUUAAUAACCACUCCACCACUCUGCCAGUACCUUCACUGCCUGCAUUUUGUGUUCAAAGUAAAACAAAAUCGAAAAAUAUUCAUUUCGGAGGGAUUGGAGACCGUCCAGGAACAGCAAGUGUUUCGGAUCAAUCGACGAGUAAAUCAGCAGAAAGUAUUAAUGAAGCUUCUAUAACUGAGCUAUACCCUCGAUGAUAACAACAUUUUAGACUAUUAUUAAAAUUCCAAGUACCAUACACCUUAAUACUGAUAUAACAUUUCUUACUUCCGAUUAUAGUGAGGAAGAACUUCAAGUGACUAUGGUUAUCCGCAAGACGGUGUCAGUAUUCAAUGGAGUUGUAAAUAUCUGUAACAAGAAUGCAAGAAAGAAGCUUACAUUGAAGUAGAAAGGGACAAACACCCUACUGCCGUCACAUGCAAGCCAAGGGGCACCAAUAAAAAACUAUUUUUUCUUUUUAGGAGAGUGGUUCUUGUGGGACCAUGAUUUCAAUUUUAGUAAGACAUUUA